ACCAACUUCUCGAUUCUCAGAGCUCUUCCAAAUCCCUGUGAAAUCGGAUUCGAGUAAUACUCUCGGAACCUUCUGAACCUUGUUCAUCUCAUAAUGGCGAAGAAGGAUUCUGUGUUGGAGGCAGGAUGGUCUGUCAUGGAGGCUGGUGUUGCAAAGCUACAAAAGAUUCUGGAAGAAGUGCCUGAUGAGCCACCAUUUGACCCGGUUCAACGUAUGCAGCUGUACACGACUGUCCACAAUCUGUGUACCCAGAAACCUCCUAAUGAUUACUCACAGCAGAUCUAUGAUCGGUAUGGUGGAGUAUAUGUUGAUUACAAUAAACAAACUGUGUUGCCGGCUAUACGUGAGAAGCAUGGUGAAUAUAUGUUGAGAGAGCUUGUUAAGAGAUGGGCCAACCAGAAAAUUCUUGUUAGAUGGUUAUCCCACUUCUUCGAAUAUCUUGACCGUUUUUAUACUCGUCGGGGGUCUCAUCCAACACUGAGUGCUGUUGGCUUCAUAUCCUUCCGCGACCUGGUUUAUCAAGAGUUACAGUCCAAGGCCAAAGACGCUGUACUAGCACUUAUUCAUAAAGAACGCGAGGGCGAACAGAUUGAUAGAGCACUAUUGAAAAACGUAAUAGAUGUCUAUUGUGGGAAUGGGAUGGGAGAGCUGGUUAAAUACGAAGAGGAUUUUGAAAGCUUCUUGCUUGAAGAUUCUGCAUCUUACUACUCUCGCAACGCCUCAAGGUGGAACCAGGAGAAUUCUUGUCCUGAUUACAUGAUAAAGGCUGAGGAGUCUCUAAGACUGGAGAAGGAGAGAGUCACCAACUACCUUCAUUCAACCACUGAGCCGAAACUAGUUGCGAAAGUACAAAAUGAAUUGUUGGUAGUGGUUGCAAAACAACUUAUAGAAAAUGAGCACUCAGGAUGCCGUGCAUUGUUAAGAGACGACAAGAUGGAUGAUCUCGCCAGGAUGUACAGGCUUUAUCAUCCAAUACCGCAAGGGCUGGAUCCUGUUGCAGACUUAUUCAAGCAACAUAUUACUGUAGAGGGAAGUGCCCUUAUCAAACAAGCUACCGAGGCAGCUACUGAUAAGGCUGCAAGUACUAGUGGACUGAAGGUGCAGGACCAGGUGCUUAUCAGACAAUUAAUUGACCUACACGAUAAAUUCAUGGUCUACGUCGAUGAGUGUUUUCAGAAACACAGCCUCUUCCAUAAGGCAUUGAAGGAGGCAUUUGAAGUCUUCUGUAACAAGACAGUGGCUGGAGUGUCCAGUGCAGAAAUUCUUGCAACGUAUUGCGAUAAUAUCCUCAAGACGGGAGGGGGAAUUGAGAAGCUUGAAAAUGAAGAUCUUGAACUUACGCUUGAGAAAGUGGUUAAGUUGCUUGUUUAUAUAAGUGACAAGGAUCUUUUCGCCGAGUUUUUCAGGAAGAAACAAGCCCGUCGGCUCUUGUUUGAUCGCAACGGUAAUGACUACCACGAAAGAAGUUUACUUACAAAGUUUAAAGAACUACUCGGUGCGCAGUUUACUUCUAAGAUGGAGGGCAUGCUGACGGAUAUGACAUUGGCAAAAGAACACCAAACCAACUUCGUGGAAUUUUUAUCAGUUAACAAGACCAAAAAGCUGGGGAUGGAUUUCACUGUCACUGUACUUACUACUGGUUUUUGGCCAAGUUACAAAACAACCGACCUCAAUCUACCCAUUGAAAUGGUCAACUGUGUUGAAGCUUUUAAGGCCUAUUAUGGAACAAAAACCAAUUCCAGGAGACUUUCAUGGAUUUAUUCUUUAGGAACUUGUCAGUUAGCUGGAAAAUUCGAUAAAAAAACAAUUGAGAUAGUAGUUACCACCUACCAGGCUGCUGUGCUUUUACUCUUCAACAACACAGAGAGAUUAAGCUACACUGAGAUCUUGGAGCAGCUAAACCUCGGCCAUGAAGAUCUUGCCAGGCUGCUUCAUUCACUAUCAUGCUUAAAGUACAAGAUUCUUAUAAAGGAACCAAUGUCGAGAAACAUCUCCAACACCGAUACCUUUGAAUUCAACUCCAAGUUCACCGAUAAGAUGAGGAGAAUUAGGGUGCCUCUGCCUCCGAUGGAUGAGAGGAAGAAAAUUGUUGAAGAUGUUGAUAAAGAUAGACGCUAUGCAAUUGAUGCAGCUCUUGUUCGGAUCAUGAAGAGUAGAAAAGUGUUGGGGCAUCAACAGUUGGUCUCUGAAUGUGUUGAGCAUCUCAGCAAAAUGUUCAAGCCUGAUAUAAAGAUGAUAAAGAAACGGAUUGAGGACUUGAUCAGCAGAGAUUACUUGGAGAGGGAUACCGACAAUCCCAACACUUUCAAGUAUUUGGCUUAGUCACAAAUUGUAAUAGAGAAAAGGUUUUCGGAUUUUCGGUUUUGUAAAUGACUCUUACAUUCUUUUGUCGGAUCAUUGGAUGGAUUGGUGAUUGAAACAAACAGAUUUGUCUCAUAUUCAAG